UGCGCUGCACCAAGACACGUUAGACUGACUACUGCCCCCAAGAGGCUGGAGUACUGAAACACAGCAGCUACUCUGCUGGCCGCUCGGUGGGCUUUCCACAAGGAGCUCCAAGCACCAUCCAAGUAACUUCCUCCGCUCACGUUGUCUCUCCUAAACACGGUGACGGACGCGCGCGGUCGAAGCUGAAAUAAGCCUUUCCAUUUUCUGCCAUGGACUCCACUUGAGUGUUGUGGCGCCGGACGAGACCGCACCAAACGGCGUGCACGGGGCACCGCGUUCGUUCGGGCUGGCAAUCGUCCACUGCGCUCCGGUUGCCCGCCGCCUCCUGCUCGCCCCCUUGACGGCGCCCGCACUACAGAGGAGGACAGCGGCGGGACUAUGUGAGCACCAUGCGGGCUGUGAGAUGUCUGCUGUUCGCCGCAGUGUUUGCACGCUGUUCCGUGACGGGUCUGAGGGAGGGCUGGCAGCCCCCCGCCGAAGAUCUGGUGCAACCCAAGAGGCUCCUGCAGCAGAUCCACUCCCAGGGCGAGCUGCUCCACAGCCGCCUCGACACCCGUGUCCAGAACCUCUCCAGGGCGGCGCAGCCCGUGCAUUUGGCCCGGAGCAGCUUCCGGGUGGAAGCCUUUGGCAGCUCGUUUAUCCUCGACCUGGAACUCAACCAUCAUCUCCUGUCGACAGACUACGUGGAGAGACACUUUGAAGAGGACGGGCAGCCGUCCCAGAUUAAGGGAGGAGAGCACUGUUACUAUCACGGGCGUGUGCGAGGGCUGCCCCAAUCUUGGGUGGCCGUGUCCACCUGCCGCGGCCUGUGGGGGAUGUUCUCCGACGGGAAUGUCUCGUACGGUAUCGAACCCGCGGCCACUGGCGAGGCGGACCACGUGGUGUAUCGCAUGCCUCGCGCCGACCUCCUCCUGUUUCCACCUCCAGCGAGCAGCGUGAACGGCAGCCGGCCUAAAGGGCAGACGGGCGCCGGCGGGGGAGACGGGAAGAGGCGGUACGGAGACGACCGGCCUGCGCCGGGGGCAAAGGAGAAGCUCGCCAACCGCGGGAGACGAGCAAAACGACAAGCACGUCAGGGUCAGCGCACCGUGCAGACGGAGACCAAAUACAUCGAGCUGAUGGUCGUCAACGAUCACGAACUGUUUGUCCAACAGCGUCGCUCGACCUCUCAGACUAAGAACUUUGCCAAGGCGGUGGUGAACAUGGCCGACGCGAUCUACAAAGAUCAGCUCAACACGCGCAUCGUACUGGUCGCCAUGGAAACCUGGUCCAUUGAAAACCGCAUCUCCGUGGGCGACGACGCCCUGCUCACCCUGCGCGACUUCAUGAAGUACCGCAGGGCAAGCGUCCGCGAGCGCUGCGACGCCGUGCACCUCCUCUCCGGGAGGACCUUCAUGAGCAGCCGCAGCGAGGCCGCCUACAUCGGCGGAGUCUGCUCACUCAGCAGAGGCGGCGGCAUCAACGAGUUUGGCGCCGUGGGUCCGAUGGCCAUCACGCUGUGCCAGAGUCUGGGCCAGAACAUCGGAAUGCUGAGGAGCAAGGACAGACCUGCUGCAGGAGACUGCAGGUGUCCAGACCCUUGGUUAGGAUGCAUCAUGGAGGACACCGGCUAUUACCUGCCCAGGAAGUUCUCUCGCUGCAGCGUCGAUGAAUACCUGCGCUUUCUGCAGCAAGGCGGCGGCAGCUGCCUGUUCAACAAGCCCAGCAAGCUGCUGGACCCACCCGAGUGCGGCAACGGACACGUGGAGCCGGGCGAGGAGUGCGACUGCGGCACGCUCGUGGAAUGCGCCCGCGACGGGGCAAACUGCUGCAAGAAGUGCACGCUGACCCACAACGCCAUGUGCAGCAACGGCCUCUGCUGCAGGGACUGCAAGUAUGAGCUGAGAGGGGUGACGUGUCGCCAGGCCGUCAACGACUGUGACAUCCCAGAAACCUGCGUAGGGGAUUCCAGCCAGUGCCCUCACAACGUCCACAAACUGGACGGCUACACGUGCGAGGCCGGCCAGGGCCGCUGCUACGGUGGCCGCUGCAAGACCAGGGACGGCCAGUGCAGGAGCUUGUGGGGCUUCGACGCUGCCGACAGGUUCUGCUACGAAAAGCUGAAUUCCGAGGGCACGGAGAAAGGGAACUGCGGCCCCGCGCCCGGCGGCCAGGGAUGGAUGCAUUGUAACAAGCAGGACGUUCUGUGUGGUCUGCUGCUGUGCACCAACGUGACCGAAAAGCCGAGCUUUGGCGAGCUGCGGGGCAAACUGACCAGUUUGACCGUCCAUCAUCACAACAGAUACCUGGACUGCAGGGGCGGUCACGCAGUGCUGGACGACGGCUCGGACCUGGGCUACGUGGAGGACGGCACGCCGUGCGGGCCCAACAUGAUGUGCCUGGAACGCCGCUGCCUUCCGGUGGCCGCCUUCAACCUCAGCGCCUGUCCCGGCUCGUCCGUCGCGCGCAGCUGCUCCCAUCACGGCACGUGCAGCAACGAAGUGAAGUGUAUCUGCGAUCGCGACUACACCGGGAAAGACUGCAGCGUGUUUGACCCCGUUCCCAUUCCCACGCCGCACGAGGGCCCGGAAAAAUAUAAAGGUCCGAGCGGCACCAACAUCAUCAUCGGCUCGGUGGCCGGCGCCAUCCUGCUGGCGGCCGUCGUCCUGGGAGGCACCGGAUGGGGAUUCAAAAACAUCCGGAGAGGAAGGUACGACCCCGCCUUUGAGUCCUGAGCGCGCAAGUCGUUCACGCGUGCGGGAUAGUCACCAGUCGGCCGUUUGUGAACAUUCCACAUGAGUGCAGCUUUCUUUGUUGACGUUUUGGCUCAUCCCUUGUGAGAAAGACCUCAUACAUGAAUCGAGGAAAAAAAAAAAUAGCAUGCAACAACCAGUCAGCGCACGCCUCUUCCAAUGCCACCUUUUGUUUUCAUUUUCAAUUACUGGAAGCAUUUGGAAUGGCGCACUUGUGCGAGCACGUCAUCAUACUUCAUACAUCAUAUUUAUUUCCGUAGACUUGAUAGGUCGCGUUUAUGGUAGAAAGGUUUUCGAAAUGAUUUCGUCUUGGUUUUACUUUUCCAGAUCACAAAAAGCUGGCAUACGAACAGUGCUCUGUCCACUUUAUUUCCGUAAAUAUACGUUGAGCAUUGGUGGCUUGAAUCUUUUGGAUGGGGCAUAGCACACAUCUAAUGCUAAUUUGCUGCCUUCUGUCUGACAGACUUGACAGGACUGGCAUUCUUGUCAUAUUGAGAGGAUCUGAUUACAUUAAAGCACAAUUGUACUUCUUUU